CCUUUGUCUUCUUCCUCUUACCAUCUUUUAAAUAAUAAUAAUGCCUCCAAUCUUUCUUUUAACAUAACAUCCUUAGAGGUGAAGAAACUACAAAAGAUCCAACCUUUUUCAAACAUUAUAUUAUAUGAUUCAUUGAACUGAAUGUUAGCCACAAAUCAUCAUGGAUCAUUUCAAUCACAACAACAAAAAAGAACAGCAACCAUUCAAUCAUUCUUUCAUCUGCAACACCACCUUUUCUGAACAAGAUCUUGAUGACUUCCUCAACCACCCUGAUGAUGCCACUCAUCCGCCUCCCGGAGAUAUCUUCUCUGCAGCUGCUCUUCACUACACAAAUCCGGAUAACUUAAAUAGGUUUUCAAGGUGUGGUGGAAUGGCAGGAAACCCUCUGUGGUCUCCGAAUCUUAAUCCAAAGACUAUGGAUUCACAAUCCUCAAUAUGUGCUGAGAGUCCAACUUCUGAUACCAAACCGAAAAGAGGGGAUACCAAUGUGGCUGGGGCAACCAGUGAUUAUGAACAAUCAGACGAUGAUGAUACGGAGAUUGAAGCUGGUCAAUGUGAACAGAGCAAUGAUCAGCUAGAUGUUAAAAAGCAUAAAAGGAUGGUUUCGAACAGAGAAUCCGCUAGGCGGUCAAGAAAAAGAAAACAAGCACAUUUAACCGAUCUUGAGCAACAAGUGGAACUACUGCGAGGAGAGUACUCAGAUUUGUUCAAGCAACUCACGAGUGCAAGCCAUCAGUUUAAAGAUGCCUCAACGAACAACCGAGUGCUCAAGUCAGAGGUGGAAGCUUUGAGAGCUAAGGUAAAGUUGGCUGAAGAUAUGCUGGCUAGGGGCUCAUUAACAUCUAGCCUUAGCCACCUCCUUGAGAACCAUUUAACUACUUCUCAACUGUUUAACUGUCAGAACAUGUCUAGAAUGGGCAUGGGCAACGUCUCUCCAACUGUAACCUUGCGUGGGGACGACCAUGGACCCCACGUUGGCCUACCUGUUCCCGGGCAACACAUAAUGGGUGGACUAGAUUCUAAUCCUGUCAUCUACGAUGGUAACGUCAAGAAUGGUGGUAUUAACAGUAAUGGUGGAAGUUGUGCGUCUAAUAUAUGGUCGGGUUGAACGUAUAAUAAAAGGGUUUCUUGCUUUUGAACCCUCUCGUAAGCCUUUCACGUUCGUGGUAACUUCUUUUGCGCGGUUUUAUUGUAUUUAUGUAAUGCUUGUAUAAUUAGAAUCGUUAGACAUGAUCUUGAUGUAGUAUAGUUUUGGUAUAUGAUGAGACUGUGGAUGAAUGCCAGGGAUAAUGUUCUUUCAUAAGUUUAGACCCUAUGAUGAUGUUAACAAAUCUAGAGAAAUAUAUAUUUAUAUAUUUUGCA